AUCAAACUCUCAAAGACUGAAGACUAGUCAAUUACAAUUAACAUGAGGAUUUUUUAUUGUAAGAGUAUUCUUGAAUAGACAGUAAGAUGUGUGCCAACGUUGAACUUCAUACCAAAAAUGAGCAUCGUUACUUGUUUGCAAGACAAUUGCAAUUUACUGCAAAUGAAAAUUUGGCAGUUGAAAGAAGUGACCAUUUUGUGAAACCAAGAUUCAUGCCGGAGCAAGACAUCUGGAAGAAACGGCCUCCAGACUUCAGUGUCAAGCUAUACAAAUCUUUACAUUUGCCAAGAAAAUUGGUAGAAGUAGAUAAAAGGGGCAAAAAACACACAAACAAAAUGGAAGCACCUAAGCAAGGGAACAGUCUACAAGUGAUACCGGAUGACCAGCUUCCUAAUAUAAUGAGAAAAGAGAAGUUCCCAAAAUUCCAAACAAAAUUUAAACAUGUCGGACAAUUCGAGGACGCCUUGAUGGUUGUUAAAAAUGGCCAAUACCCUAAAGACAAAUACAAAGACCCAAAGCUUCACGAUUUUAGACAGUAUGAAACGGGCAUUCCUGAUUUCAAUACAAGUUAUUCUCGCGAUCCGUUCAACAUCAAACUCAAGUCUCAAAAUGUAAGCUUUGUUUAUGGACACUUACCAGAAAAGAUGACUAAAUCAUAUGCUAAUAAUUUUAAAACUCAUAAACCUUCUGAUCCUACAUGGGAUUCAACUCUAAUUCUUCCGAAGAUUCCUUGGCCACCUAAAUCUGCAUCAUUUACGAAACAUAGAAGACGACGUGGUGUGUACACUGCAUUCAUGGAUCGUGUUGAAGAGAAGUUUACAGCAGGACAACAAUAAAUGUAUAAUUAAGUUGACAACUGUACAAAGCAUGGUUGUGUAUCUGUGUAAGAAUAUUGUCUGGUUCAAUAACAACAAUAAA